GUCGUCCUAUCCUUUUUUUCAUGGCUUUUUUCAUUUGUCCCACUGGGUUAUUUCUGAGCGCCCCAUAGCACCAUCGUGUUAAUACCGAUUAUCGUGUUAAUACCGAUUGCAAGCACUGAUGCAUUACGGUCGAAAUUCUUAUCUUAAGAUAAUAAUAGUCUGGCUAUCAUUUCGAGAUUAUGUUGUUCCAUUACACUGCCCGCCAUUCCUUCUCGCUGUAAUUUAUUGGUGCCGGAAACACUGGAGUAUCAACAUCAUAUCGCAACCUGUCCACCUCCGUUUCAGCAUCCGGUCAACAGGGACAUAUUGCCGCACUCAAAUUCGCCGCGGGAUAUCUGGAAGCUAUUGAUUAGGACCUUUCGGUAUACGACAUAUUGGACUCCUGAAAUAUAUUUGUGCGUGCUGCAUUGAACACAUCUGAAAAAUGCAAGAAGUCCGUUUAGGAAUAGAAAUCGGUUUCAGGGACGUAUCAGUGCUUGCGUACGAACACGGUGUGGCCAGAAUGCUGCUACAAUUUCCAUCUGAGGCCGCAUUUAAAAAUGACAACUCGGAAUGGCAUUUUGGUUUGGCAGCAAGUAGCUUCAACCUCGAUGAAGAAUACCAGUACAUUCCCAUGAUUAAAGAAGUGGUCCACGCUUAUGCCUAUGCCCAGAAUGACCUGACAUAUAACCAUGUCUGGAAAAGAUUCCCGCAGUUACCAGAAAUCUCAAGCAUGUUGUUGAGAGAGUUAUUCGCAUAUGUUAAACGAACAGUGGAGGAAGAGUUUCAGCGGUCUGUGAGAGGAGUUGUCGUCGUGCUGCCGGAUGAUGUUCUUCUCGUUAAACCUGAUCUUCGCCAGGACAUUGUAGCCGCAUGGAGGGAGAACGGGGUUAACGAGGUAACAGAUAUUACCGAUAUAUCGGCAGCAAUCUUGGCUUAUAUUAUCAAAACUCCGCAUGAAGAGCUGCUUACCAAGAUUACCGAGCGGAGCUGUUAUCUAAUUGUAUGCAAUGCCGGCCAUGACGAUUUUAGCGUCAAUGUUUUCGAAGUUAUUGACAAUAACCACAUGGAAAGAUGCAGCAGCGGUUUGGGUAUAUUACGUCAUCGGCUGGGUGAUGCCCGGAAGCAAAUAACAAAAACUGUCGAGAAAAAAAUGGAAACAGCAGGAAUGGCGGAAAUUCCCAAUGAAAUGAUGGCUGAAUUUAAUAAAGAAUGCGAGCAUCAAAUGGAGCAGUUCUACAGCCAGAUGACCGGAAAGGUAACCUUUCGUACGUUAAUGCACAGCCGACUAACGCCAGCAAUUACUCGGGACGAAUACAACGAGAUAAUCAUGCCGAUUGUGGAAGACGUUGUGGGAUGCGUGGAGACUGAGUUGAACCGCUUCGGUCUAACAGAAAAGGAUGAUAAAACCGGUAAAACGUAUAUCACGCAAGGGGUCGAGGCGCUCCUAGUGGGCAAAAAUGCUCGGCUCUUGCCAUUACGCGAUCAGUUGGAGGAGCUGUUCCGAAAAACGUUCAGUGUACGCCUCGCAAGUUAUGCGGACAGAGCCGAAGCAAUUGGUGCCGCUGUGGGGAGUUACUUGUUCGGCAUUGUAGAGCGCUCCGAACAAAUCGACAAAUACUUUCAUAUCGCUGCAAAUGACCAAGUGGACCUUCAGGAAAUUUUUCGAAUGCUGUUCCCACAAAAUGAAUCACUUCGACCGCAAAUCGCAGCUACUAAAGGCGUCUGCGUAACUGAACGCCCAUCUGUUACGCUGCACGGCGAACUUCAUGUCGGGAAGAGAGAGCACGGGAUUAGCGUAUCCGAUUUUACUUUGACAUUAUACACGAAGCCAAUCAAAGCGAGCCUGCUGCAUUGCAUUAAAUUGGAACACUGCCAAAACGGAGUGAGUACAGUGCAGAUGUAUUAUGAUAUGGCGUUGGGAAAACGCUUAAAGAUAACUUGGGAGCAUCCUACCGGGGAACAGCCAUAUUUGGAAAUAACGCAGUUCAUUCAACAAGAUGGCUUCAGAGGUCGGGGCAGUCUGCGAUUCUUGUGUAAUGAGGUAGAGGAAUGCCACGAUUUCAUACAGGCGUACGAUCUGAGACAAACAGAAAUGGUGACGGCAUUUCCAUCUGCCGAUGAAGAGUUCGGUACAAUGGCAAACUACUACGCCUUUGUGGUUCUUGUGUCUCCUCAGCUUGCCAUCUCGUUCAAAGGACCUCCAACGAUAUUUGUUCCAAGCAUUCUGUUGGCUCGACCAGAAAAUGCGGAGGAUCCCCCGUUUGUAGUACAGGGUCAGAAUAUUGACAACAGGGGUCAAAUAUGCGAAGGCCCCUUCAUCUUGCGGCCUAAAUCUUCAUAUGAUCCGGUACAACGUUCACAAGACAGCAGUGACACCGCGGUAAUAGAGACAUCAAUGGAUACUGGCUACCACAUCUGUUUCCCCAAUGCAGAAAUAUUGCAGUGGUUCCGAGAACAAGUUUAUGGAUAUGUUUAGUAUUAUGGCAUUAUAUACGCCAUUGAGCGUUUCGUUUUUCAACACUUAGGACUGUCAAAUAUCAGCAGCCCGCUUGUAUCUGCGGCACGACUGCUGCGCACGUAUCGGCUAGUCAUCUUUCCGCUAUGACUAAGGGAAAAAAAUUGAAAAAUGUUCCAACCAGUGAUAACGGAUACACUCGUAGAAAUAAACACCAAAUCUGACAGCACCGUGAAUUCUGCAAUAA